AUGCCAGCUUCUCUGAGACGGCCCCCUGGGGGUGCUGCUACCUCUAAGGAGAGCCCAGGGGCCGCCACUGACAGGGCUCCUAGGGGCGCCACUGGCAGGGCCCCUGGGGGCGCCACCUCCCCUGACAAGACCCCUGUUGGUGACACCGGCUCUGGCAGGGCCCCUGGGGGCGCUACCACCCCUCGCAAGACCCCUGGGGGAGCAUCCACCCCUGGCAGGGCUCCUGGCCUUGCCCCUGGGGGUUACAACGCCCCUGGCCUGGCUCUUGGAGGCACCACCGCCGCUAGGGGGUCCCAUGGGGACACCACUGUCCCGGAAAGGGCUUCUGGGGGCGGUACCUCCCUUGGAAGGGCCUCUGGAGGCGCCACCGACCCUGCAGGAUCUCUGGGAGCACCACCGCCCCUGGCAGGGCCCCUGUUGGCGCCACCGACCCUGGUAGGACCCCUGGGGGUGCUGUUGCACCUGGGCGUGCCCCUGUUCACGCCACCGCUGCUGGCAGGGCCACUGGGGGUGCCGCCGCCCCUGGCAGGGCCUCUGAGGCCCUGCUAUCCCUGGCAGGGCCCCUGUUGGCGUCACUGCCCCUGGCAGGGCAUCUGGUGGCGCCACCGCCCCUGA